AUUGCCAACUGAAGCGCGGCAAAGUGUCUAUAGCUAUUAGCUGUCCCCAGAGAUCAGUAUCCACUGCCAACUGCCAAGUCCACGGCGCAGCCAUCGGCCGGGGCUCGGAAGUCCAGGGAGGUCCAGGGACCAGGCAGCCGCACCUAGUGCUCGUUUUCGCUUGGAACUGGGAUCCGGGCGAUCCGAUACAUUUGGCUUCGAAGACUCGCUGGACAGACUAGGAUUGCGCGCGAGCAUGUAUUUACUAAUGCGGUUGGCAGCUACCUAUAUUUCCUGAGCUAAUUUCGCACAAAAUGGAGUCGUCGACUGCAAUACGCAGCUCUCUCUCUCUCUCUCUCUCUCUCUCUCUCUCUCUCUCUCUCUCUCUCUCUCUCUCUCUCUCUCUUUCUCUCUAGGAGACUAGGAGUCUAUGCCGCUGCGAUCGAGGAUUAUUGAACAUAAAUGUAUACACAUAUAUACACCAAUGCUCUGCGCUACUAAACGAUGAAAUUCCAACGAGAGUUCAGUAUGGCAGACUAUGAUCCACAGUUAAAAAGGUUGUUAUUGCCACCAGAGGAGUCUUUCUUUGAAGUACUUAUUAGGUAUGGAUUGUACGUUGGGGCAGUUUUUCAAGUGGCUUGUUUAUUGGCCAUAGUUAUUUAUCAUGGAAGUUCCUCCGAUAGCAUAGCUGCCCUAAAGGAUGAUCCAAGUGACAUAGAAUGCUCAGAAAAUAGUCCUCAAGUAACUCCAAGAAGACCUCACAGACCUAGAAAGCAGGAGAAAAAGAAAAGGCGUUGAGGCUUGCCGAUCAAAGGAUUGAUAUUUUACAUUUCAUCAAUUUAUCUUGAGAUAAAAAAUAUUAUAAGAUUUCUAUACAGUAUUUUGUAUGUACAAAAAUGUUCUAUGUGCAAUUAAGAAAAACUAUAGACUCAAUAUAUAAUGUUACAGUAUUUUGAUUAUACCAUACUUAAUGCA